AUGCAUCUCGAUUUUGGUUGGCUAAAAGCACCAAAAUUGGACAUGCCGAUAUGCUGCUGUGCAGUGAGGGCCAAGGCUGCUUUCAUUUAUGACUAUCGUUCCUCCAACACUCCGAAGAAUAUCGAAGAGGCUGCUUCUGCCCUCUUCCCUCGUACCCCUACACGCAAUUACAAGGUAGUGGAAGCGGGGCCCUCAUUCCAGCGGCCAUCGUGUACUCGUGUGAAACGGACCUCGUCGGUGCUAGUGGCGUCUUGGAUUUUUGUCAGGAUCAGAGAUGGCUCCAAGAUCUGGACAUUGCAUGCCACCAUCGAGAGCCUUAACCGUCAUUCUGAGGUGCCCAGUGGAGAUGGCCACAUGAUCCGAGACAAGUCCUGGCACAACCAGUGGAUCGAGGAUGUCAAUUUUGAAGACGUCGAACCUGAAAUCGACAUCGAGGGUCAGUGUGGCCUUUACAUUGCUGCUGCUUUCAAAGUCCUCGGCGUCAGCGCCCUCAUCGUCGAGCGCAACCACCGCCGAUCACUUUCCCCACCAUUACUUCCCGAACCACUGGCCAAGUUGACCCCGGCCGGGAAAAUGGGUGACUGGCUCGAGUGUAACGCAAGCGCCUUCGAGGGAACCGCAUGGACAUGGACUGACUCGAGCGUCGUUGCUGCCCUUGCAAAAUGCUCCACGGGUGAUUGGGACCUCACCGUUCAACACGGAACCAAGGAGGGCCAGCACACUCGGACCUUCCGCCCCAAGCCGGUUGUCCUGGCUACCUCGCUCGUAUACGAAUUGCCUCGACUGUAA